AUUGCAAAAUUAUUUUAGAGAUAGAAUAAUAUCAUUUAUUCUUAUCAUUUGUACUCAUGCCUUAGCUUAAUUAUUUAUAUCUUCGUAUUAUUUAUCUUCAUCAAGAAAAAUAAAAUUACAUCAAUCAGUGAAAAAUGUUUAGAUCAAAAGUUUGGAUAAAUUUGGAAUCACAAAUAAGAAAUAAGACGCAUUUAGAGGCGUUAAGAGAGAAAGUAGCCAGUGGCCCCAGUCUACAGGAUUUUAUUAACGACCCAAAUCCAGUAUUACAAGAUAAUUCGGAAGAAUGGGACAGUUAUGAUGGUAAAUUAAAACGAGACAAGGGAGAAGAUCAAAGAUUGCGACUUCCGCCAUGGUUAAAACGCGAGAUACCUACAGGAAAGAAUUUUAGUAAGAUCAAAGAACAGCUUCGGAAGUUAAAUUUACAUACUGUCUGUGAGGAGGCGAGGUGUCCUAAUAUAGGAGAAUGUUGGGGAGGUGGGGAGCAUGGUACACAGACAGCCACCAUUAUGUUAUUAGGUGAUACGUGUACGAGGGGUUGUAGAUUUUGUUCCGUGAAAACUUCUAGGGCGCCUAGCCCUCCUGAUGUAAACGAACCUGUGAAUACUGCAAAGGCGAUCGCGUCGUGGGGCUUGGAUUAUAUUGUUUUAACGUCUGUGGAUAGAGAUGAUUUACCUGAUGGUGGAUCUAACCAUUUUGCUGAAACUGUCAGAGAAAUUAAAAACAGAAAUAAAAAUAUCCUGGUGGAAUGUUUAGUACCAGACUUCAGAGGAGAUCUUGAUCAAGUUAGAACAAUUGUAGAAAGUGGGUUGGAUGUAUAUGCACAUAACAUAGAAACCGUGGAAAAAUUAACACCUUUUGUAAGGGAUAGAAGAGCAAAAUAUAGACAGUCUUUAUUUACACUAGAAAACGCGAAAAAAAUGAAUCCAGACUUGAUAACCAAGUCCUCGAUAAUGUUAGGUUUGGGUGAAACUGAUGAGGAAGUGGAAACUACUAUGAGGGAUUUAAAGGCUGUUGGUGUAGAUUGUGUGACUUUGGGUCAAUAUAUGCAACCAACGAAGCGGCAUUUGAAGGUAGUGGAAUAUGUUACACCAGCCAAAUAUAAGCAUUGGGAAACGUUUGGACAGGAAUUGGGCUUCUUGUAUGUGGCCAGCGGUCCUCUGGUCCGAAGUUCCUACAAGGCUGGAGAAUUUUUCAUAGCAAGCAUACUGAAAAAUAGGAAGUCCAACACUGCGUAAUACUCUCAAUUCGGUCUGUGUUUAUAUUUUGUUAAAGUUGUGGGAGCUUUAUAUGUGCUUAUAUUUAGCAAAGAGAUUAUAUAUCUGUUAAUUA